AUGCCUUGGUAUUGCACGCUGUACCUAAAAGAAGAUACAGCUGUUGAUGUAAGCUGCUAUUAUUCUAAGGAGUGUACAGAUGAUUAUAGAAGAUGGAUCUGCAAAAGACACAGUGAGAACGACAACUACGACUCUAGUUCAUAUUUGUUUUCAACUACUAACUAUUCAGUAAAGAAUGAAAUAUUACCAGAGCUAUUCAAGAAGUAUAUUAGUAUGAGUAAUUCAAACUACAAUAAUAUAAUUGUUUCUUUUAUUUGUAACUUAAGAGAAAUAACCAGCCUAUUAGUCCAAUAUGUCCACAGCGGUAAUUCUAGCUAUUUUUUUAUAUCCAAUCCUGAAUUUUCAGAGGCACUGGCCAAAAAUACAAAUCUUGAAUCGGCUGUUUGCUUAUGCUAUAGUUUUGGAAAUAAAAAUUCAUCAUCAGUUCUUAUUUCGUAUUUAGAAAUUAACGGAGUGGUGGUUGAGCAUGCCCCUAGUGAUAAAUAUACUGGUAUUUAUAAUACUAUAGAGCCAUUUGAUAACUACAACUGGGAUGUUGCAUAUGGCCGUUCAACCAGUAUUGUUGACAAUAAGCAACAUCUUCUUAUUUACGGAAUCCAGUCUUCGCUUUUUCAUUCCAUCAACCAAACAGCCACCAACCUUGGAAAACGUAAACUACUCAGAAGAAUUACUGAUCCACCAGAUCAUAGUUGGAUUCAAACAUCCUUAAAUUUCAUUCAAAAAUUUCGAAACAAUCCUAUUAUUCAAAAAGUGUCCGAACUAUUAAAGAAAAUCAAUGCUUUUGAUAUUAAAGCCACAGAGAGAAUCAAUGACAUUGAACUGGGAACAUCCUUUCUAAUGGAUCAGUCAACCAAUGAUUCAAAGAGUAUUUAUAGCAGAAACAAUCUAGAGGAGAGUUCUAUUCUAAAGUACAAAAAAAUAGUUAAAAACGUAGAAAACAUCAAAAAUAACAUGGAAAUAUUCAAUGUUCUCAAGAAAGAAAUAGAAAAGACAAAUACUGAAGAAGGCAUUUUUGGUGAUUUGAUCGAAGCCCUGUCUGAAACGUCUACAAUUGAACGAAUUGAUACACAGUUUAGCGUUAUAAACUGUAAGGCAGAGUGUGUUUAUCCUUUUCUAGCCGAUAGAAUUGGGUUUGUUGUCAAAUCAGGCGUAGACUCAUAUCUUGACUUGUGUAGAGGCAUGUACGAGGAAAAACUGUUGAUGUGUCAAGACGUUCUGAAUAAGAUUCAAUCGGUAUACGACCUUGAAAUUUAUUUUGGAGAUGACAGGGAAAUUUGUUUAAUGAAAACCAAUUCGCAUGAAAGAAAUGAAGCUAAAAUGAAGAGAAAUGCGACAGUUGAGCAUAAAAGUUCGUAUAGAAGCAGUAGUACAAUGUUGGACAAAGUUGGUACGUUCCAAAAUAGGCCAUCAAAGAAAAAACGAAGAAUAAAUUCAAGCAAGGCCAUAAAGCUCUUUGUACUGAAAGAGUCUAAAACAAUGAUACUAUACAGCUGCCCUGAGCUCAAGGCUCUUAACAAGCUAAUCAGAGAGCUUUUAGAUCAAAUAAUUGAAAUAGAAGGUAGAUUUGCAAGUCUAUUCUACUUAAAAUCCAACAGUAUGGUAUAUUUUUUACAAGAAUUUGUAGUUUAA